CUAGUCUAUGAAAGGUGUCUGUUAUCUGUACCCUAUAUUAUGUUGAAGUCGCUGUCUGGACUGAGGACUCUGGAUACUAUGAAUUAUGAUAUGAUCUCUAUGAACAGUGGAUCGGUAUACUGGUGAGGCGGGAGAAUGGCUUUGGUAAUGGGCCUGGCUUUGCACCAGGUAUUCUCCAUAAUUUUGCUUCUGAGAGUGUUGUCAGUGUUCCUGGUGAAAACGUGGUACGUCCCAGACGAGUACUGGCAGACUUUGGAAGUGGCACAUAAGCAAGCUUUUGGAUAUGGAGCAUUGACUUGGGAAUGGCAGAAGGGUAUCCGAAGCUAUCUCUACCCUAGUAUUGUCUCUGUGUUCUACACUCUUUUGAAGUUUGCUUCAUUAGACUAUCCAGAAGUUGUGGUUGCAACACCAAGGAUCCUUCAAGCUAUUCUCAGUGCUAUUGCAGACUAUCGUUUCUAUAAAUGGACAGGCGGGCGCAAAUGGGCGCUGUUUUUAAUACUCACAUCAUGGUUCUGGUUCUACUCAGCCAGCCGAACAUUAUUGCAAACAUUUGAAACAGAUUUAGUUGCUAUUGCUCUGUCUGUCUUCCCUUUUAAAACGGGAAAAUUAUCAUAUUAUGAACAAGAGGACAAUAGAUGGAUUUGGCUAGCCGUUUUAUCUGUGUUCAUUCGACCCACAUCGGCACCGCUAUGGCUCGUCCUCGGCAUGUACAACCUGUUUACUACCAACCAGGGAAAAUUUCAUUUUUUUAAAAACUAUGUGCCAAUUAGUCUCAUAGCCGGCGGAAGCUUGGUCGCUCUAGAUACAUACAUGUACGGAAGAUUGAUCAUCACACCCUGGGAGUUCUUUAAGUUUAAUGUGCUGCAAGAUAUCGGGUCCUUCUACGGAACGCAUCCAUGGCAUUGGUAUUUGACUCAAGGUAUACCCGCAGUGUUGGGAGUGACCUUCCCUCUCGUACUGUGGGGUAUCAUUUCAGUGCUUCGAAGACACAAAGAGAACAAAAUUGGGGUCGUCUUGUUGACCGCCGCCGUCGUUCAUUUGGGAAUUCAUAGUUGCAUCGCUCAUAAAGAGUUCAGAUUCGUCCUGCCUCUGCUUCCCGUCUUGCUGUAUUUGGCCCAAGACGUCGUCGUCCCCUGGAGCAGGAAGGCCGAAAGAUGGCAACUGUACGCUCUGGCGGCGGUCAUCCUGCUGGGCAACGCCGUCCCCGCGGCCUACUUCGGCUCCGUGCACCAGGCAGGCACCACGCGGGUGAUGGCCCUCCUGCGGGAGGCGAUCCCCGACAACCGCAGCUCGGUGCUGUUUCUGAUGCCGUGUCACUCCACGCCUCUCUACAGCCACUUGCACACCAACGUGUCGGUCCGCCACCUGGACUGCUCGCCGCCUCCCCCGGGCCGCACCUUCGAGGCCGAGGCUUUCUUCAACAAUCCGGGCGCUUGGUGGGCCGAGGAGUACUCCGCCAGGCGGCCACCCGCUCUGCUCGUGAUGUUCGACGCGCUCCGGGGCCGCGUCGAGUCUCUGCUCGAGAACCGGUACCGGCUCAUAGGCGACCUGCCGCACACGCAGUUCCCGUCCGGCGAGGUCGGCGCGAGCGUGCUGGUGUUCGCGCGAUCGGAACCGGCGGAGCGCGGCCGAGCGUAACGUCGUCGAGUUCACGUCCCUCGCAGCAUUCAUAGACAAAAUAGACAAAACUAACAAUAUAAUUAAAAAUGUCUUCCCACCUUUGACGCCAUUGCUUUUAUUUGCCGACAUUUCGUGUGCACUUUUUGGUGCAGAUUUAAGCGUAGUCUUCUUCGACCGGUUCGUCGCAUUUGAACGUAUCGUACAGAUUUUUGUAGCGAAAUAUUUCUCUAUGACGAUAGAUAUUUUUAUGAGAUAUAUGCGCGACGUCAGGUCGGGCUAGAAAUCCUCGACCGUACCCCGCCCGGUGGCACUCGCCCAAUGCCGAAGCGUCCUUCGGGACGGACUGCGGAACGCACUCCUAGACUCGCGAACUUCUCGCGCACUUUAAUCAUUACUUUAAUUGGCGAAGGUCGAAUGUUCAGGUAAUAGAGAUAGAGCGCCUUUGAAAUCGUCGAAUAUAAAUAAAGAAUAUUUGUAAUGACGAUGAUGAUUAUUGUGAGAUGAGGGUAUUUUCAUUGUACAAAAUAAUUCGAUUCGUUUAUUUACUAUAUAAGAAGCCGAUUGUAAUAGAGUAAUGAAAUAUAUUGUGUGAUUUAGUAAAAAUACUAUUGAAUCGGAUUUGACAUGAUUUUUGCAAUUUUAAUAAAGUUUAAUAGAAUAAAUUUUUGAGACAAUUUUUGGGAAUGCCAGUGUGGUUUUCUGUAAGUAAACGUCUUUUUGAAAUGUGUGAAUUUUAUUAAAGAUUUUAUUUUUAA